UCGAAAUUGCACAUUUCUUUCGCACAAAGUUAUUUCUCUACAAGGCAAAGUUCAAGUCCUCUGAUGGUCUGAUUUAAAAGAUCUAAACUCGCUUUCCUUCCUCUCUUCAAUCCAAACAAUUUUACAAUGGAGCCUGGCAAUGUGAAACCAGAGCCCAAUCAAACACAAGGGAUCAUCUCUAUCCCCAACCGCCCAUUCGCUGAGAAAGUCGCGGCGGCUCUCAAGGAGCUGAGACAGAAGCAAUCCGCCAGCACACCUCCUGCUGCGAUCUUGACACCGACAUCUGUAACACCCGCUUCAGGAACAACUGCAACUCCUGCCACCGGCGCCAUGGAUGCAGCCGAUAGCAGCGACUUGCAGAUCGAGGAAACUGAGUCUGCCUCUGCCCUCGAGGAGACCACUACGCGUGUGGAUCGCCCAAUUACCCUACAGCAACCGGAAGAAAGGCUAGCUGCAAAGAGAAAGAGACCUGCCCUUGACCCUCUCAAGUGUACGUGCGCUGUCUCCGAAAAAUGCUUAAGAGCUGCGAGGGAUGGCGUGGUAGACUGUCGAAUUGGCUCUGGCGCCCCAAUCCCCAAGCGCAAACAGACGCGCGUAGGCCCCAGGCCUGGUCGCGAAAAUGAGCCGUGA